AUGGAGGCGGCUAUUGCAAAGACCGCCGGUGGGGCGGUGCACGAGAGCCAAGGGGCACGAGAUGCCGCGGAGCAGACGAACGAGGGGAUUCAGCUCCAACGCGAGGCCACAGCGCCGCUCGCAGCCACCGUUGCCGUGCAACCCAGCACUGUCAUGGGCGCCGACAGUACUAUGGAGCAGGUGGAUGGGAGCAUGGACGAGGAAUCGCGUCUGAUGCAGGUGCUGGCGCACGCGAAGAGGGAGCAGCAGCGGGAGCUAGCAGCGUUGCUCUCCUUGAAAGCUGCCACGGAGUCAUCCGCACGCCAGGACAUGGAGGCGUAUAUGCAGCUUUUGUACGCGCCCCGCGAAGACUCGGCAGAGAUGGCAAGGUUCAAGGAGGAAAUAGGAGCGCUGCUAGCGCACCGACCUGUUUCUGGGAUCGAGUCUCAGUUCAGGUCCAACUUGGAGAGCCUACUUAUCUCCGCCCGACACAUGCAUGACAGCAGCAAAACUUGCAGCACUCUUCAAAGCAGCACCAGCAGCAACAGCAGCAGUUGA